UGGUACACAUCACUAGUGUAUAUUAGAAAGUUUGAGAGCGCCUCGUUUAAUAACAUGUCCUCUCUGAAAUCAGUCGUAAUACGAUAUGUGAGGUCGUCGGAACUUGUAAAUUUAACAUUGCUCUCUGCUUCUAAAACCUCUCUAUCAAAUUUUGCGUAUUUUCAGGUUCAAGCGAAAGUCUGCCGUCUGCUUGUAAGUGAGUUAAUUCCAAGGUAAACGACAGCAGGAAACAGAAAAUGUUUCCCUAAUGUCGACGACUUUCAUCGUUACAUUUGUCAUUUGUUAAUGAAAUGGCAGUUUGUUGUAUUUUUCUUUUUCCUUCGUUUGUUAGGCGUUUAUUCUCCGAAGAUGAAAUUUCUUUUUAUUUAUUUAUUUAUUUUAUUUAUUACGCAUACUGAAUACACUCCUUGAUGCGGAGAGCAAAGCCAUCUCCAAAGAACAAAACACUUAGAUACAAUGAACAUAAAAUCACAAACAAAUCUCACCCGAUUAGAAUAUUUGGAUUUAGAAUGGAAUCGGAUAAAGGAUUUGCCCAGUGACAUGUUGAAAGGUCUUUAUAAUUUAAGGAUAUUUUCUGUUAGUGGAAACCAAGAAUUAUCAGAAAUUCCGUCCAAAUUCUUUAAUAAACUGCACAACUUGGUUGAAUUUUCUACAUGGAGUUGUUCCCUUUGUUCACUCGAAGAAGAUGUAUUUUCUGACAUAUUUAAUUUGAAAAUCGUCGAUUUAAAUUUCAACAAAAUUCAACAUCUCCCGCCAAAUCAUUUGAGAAAUAACAAACUGCUGACACGAUUUUCCUGUUCGUUGAAUAAAAUAUCGACACUUCCAACAGGAAUUUUUAAUGGACUUUCUGAACUGCGAGAGUUAGACUUGCGGGGAAACCAAUUAGAAAAUCUUCCCAAAGAUGUUUUUCAGAAUUUGUCGUCAUUGCAGAUUCUCGAUUUAUCACAAAAUCGUCUAAGUUUUUUACACGAAAACAUCUUCCUCCCAUUGACUAAUUUAACGAAUCUCGAUUUAUCUCAUAACAACUUAACUGAAAUUACUGGUGAGCCUCCUUUUGGCAGCAGCAAACAUCUAACUUAUGUCCGUUUAAUUAAUGCUGGUUUGAAACAAUGGCCGAUAAUAGAUUGGACAGAAUACAACUUAACUAUAGUCGAUUUGUCAAGUAAUCAUUUUGAAAUCGUCAAAUUGCCAAUUUACACUCCAAAUCGCGUGAUGAUUCGUCUGUCUAAUUGUAAAAUCAGAACAAUUUACGUCGAUGACAAAAAAUAUGGAUUUCAAAUGCCGACUUAUGAUUUAAGUAAUAAUGAAAUCACUUGUAACCACGAACUGCAGCAAUUCGUUUCUGCCCUUAAGUCAAAUAGAGAAGUAGCAAGUAAAAUGUUUCCAAAUAUAGAGAAGACGAAAUGUUACGGAGAAGAAAGAAACUUGCUUGAUAAUACAUCGUUCGUAGUCAUAGGAAAUUAUUGUCCGAUGAAUUGCGAAUGUUUCGCCGAAGAUAAUCACGUGGUAGUAAAUUGUUCCGGAAAGGGAAUCGAGAGAAUUCCCGAAGUUCUCGUCCCCAAUGCGACGAUUGUCGAUUUGAGUAAUAAUUACAUAAAUUAUUUGUCAAAUAUCGAUUGUGUGACGUGGAAAAACGUCACCCAUUUACGUUUGAGUAAUAAUUCAAUAAGUAAUAUUUCUGAUUACGUUCUUUUUCCAAACCUGAAAUGGCUGUGGUUGGACGGAAACCGGUUAACCGAAUUACCUUUCGUUUUAAUGAACCUGAUCGACCUUUCUCCGGAAUUUAACAUAUAUUUAUCACGAAACAAUUUGAAUUGCGAUUGUAAUUCGCAAUUUAAUCGAGACUGGUUGCUUCGAAACAAACAGAAGAUUGCGGAUUUCUUUAAUAUUGACUGCAGAAGAAAUUCGUCUUUUCUGUCUUUCAUCCAUAUUGUUUCUAAUGACAGAUGCACAGAAAUUUCAGAAAUAAAUUUGGCAUUUUCAGUAAAUUAUUCUUCUUCGAAAGAAUAUUGAUUGGAAAAAGUUAGUUCUGUUUCUGAUGGAAAAUCGAUGUCUUUGUCCUUAC